AUGAGGGGCCUCUGGAAGAGAAGGAAGCAAGGGCGGGAGCCGGAUGGAAGCCGAGAUCCGUGGGGUGGAAGACGAUGGUGGCGGUGGCCGGAGGAUUGCGUCCCCCACGGACUCUUCUAUGGUGAGGCCCGGAAGCACAUGUUCGGCCUGGAAGACGGAACCGCCGAUGACGACCACAGCAGCGCCCCCGGCCUCAGCCACGGGCUCUCCCAAUUGUCCGGGCCCACGAGGGCAGACGACAAUCUUGCCACGUACGUCGUCGCCACUGAACCCGUCGUUGCAGCUGUUAGUGUAUGUGAGGGGGAGAAAGGUGUCGUUGGGGAGGAGUGGGCCACCGCCGUAGAGCGACACGCCACCGAUGACCUGCCCAUCCCCGAGCACGACAUCUGCUGGGAACCGCCUGUCGAUUGA